CGGCCGGUGAGGCUCUGCUCUACCUCUGCUAUGUUCUUGUGCUCCUGCUCGCACUGCAUUGCUGCGGUAGUGGCGAGUGGUCACAACUCACACCCGAGACCGGGGACCCGAUCGACCCCAAAUCAUCUCCACCUCCGCGUGGCCGUCUUCCCCGGUCUGCUCCCCCACCAUAUCUGGUGCCCUUCCUCCCCGGUCUCCACUCUCCAGUCUCCACCGCGACGCUACUACCUAGCCGAGGUGGAGACGACCUGGUCUCCUCCCACGCCAUUGCUACCUGAUUAGCUCCUCCCACCCCUCCACGACUGCCACGCUACCCAAGUCGUCGCUUCCCUUUCUUGAUCUCUCUGCCUUUGCAUAAAGCUGCUGAAGCAUGUGGCCUUCCACGAUCAGUGAGUGAGCGUUCCCGUGUUGCUUCGUGGAGUUUCGUCGGCGUCCAUGGAGAAGAUGCGCCGCCGCCGGUGGAUGGUGGGUGUCCUGCUGCUGGUGGCGCUGGUCUCCGUGCUCCCUCAUCUCGGCAGCAGCAACGACGCCGGGCAAGGAACUCUGAACCCGGAGGAAGAUAUCCGCUCCGACUCCGAAGCCAGAUCACCUAACGUUGUCCACAAAUAUUUGGCACACGUAUCUACCAUUCUACCUUCCUGCACCGCGUUGCACGAAUUGUACGUAGAGUGGUGGAUAGAGCAAGUUGAGCUUGGAAUCAUGCAUUGGCUGUCAGAAAGACGGAAACUGACAGCUGAACCACCAAAAGCAGAAGCCCCAGAGAUAACCCAUGGAGACCGUACAAGAAAAAUCCUGCAGGAGCAGCAGAACAAGUACUGGUCCGGGCGUUUCGACAGCAACAAGGCGGCAUGGCCGGAUUUCACCAACAACAAUCCUUCAGCUGGCGGAGGAGGUUUCCAGGGCCCGCCGUCGACGUUCACGCCAAACCGGCAGCCACAGUAUCCGCAAUGGCCACCGUGGCCGUGGACACCGAAGGCUACGCCGCCGAUCAGCUUUCCUCCGUCGCCUGCUCCGGCACCUUCGCCGGCGGUGUUCGCCAAGCCUUUGCCGCUGCCGGCGCAUGAUAGCAAUCCUUCACAGAGCAUCGCACUGCCCCCACAGCCGGCCGACAACGGUAGUAGGCCGGUGAUCGCCGGCGUUGCAACUGGAGGGAGACACUCCAAUCAUGUCGGUAGGCCUGUCUACGUCAUCGCCGCGGCGGGGGCAUCCCUGCUCGCGGCCGUGUCCGUGGCGGUCUUCCUCCUGUGCUACCGGUCCAGCAAGGUGGUCACCGUCAGACCGUGGGCGACCGGCCUCAGCGGGCAGCUGCAGAAAGCGUUUGUGACAGGUGUGCCGUCGCUGAAGAGAUCAGAGCUCGAGCUCGCCUGCGAGGACUUCAGCAACGUCAUCGGCUCCCUGCCGGAUUACAUGGUGUACAAGGGGACGCUGUCCAGCGGCGUCGAGAUCGCGGUGGUGUCGACGACCAAGAGCUCUGCCAAAGAAUGGUCCAAGCACUGCGAAACACAGUUCAGGAAGAAGAUAACAAGCUUGUCCAGAGUCAACCACAAGAACUUCGUGAACCUGCUGGGCUACUGCCAGGAGGAACAGCCCUUCACCAGGAUGAUGGUGUUCGAGUACGCUCCAAACGGCACUCUCUUCGAGCAUCUCCACGUCAGAGAAGACGGCCACCUGGACUGGCCGACGCGCCUGCGCGUGGCGGUGGGCGUCGCCUACUGCCUGGAGCACAUGCACCAGCUGAGCCCGCCGGAGAUCCUGCGGACGCUGGACACGUCCACCAUCUGCCUGACCGACGACUUCGCCGCCAAGAUCUCCGACGUCUUCUUCUGCGACGAGCCCCGGGAGGAGGAGUCCUUGCCCCCUUCCCCGGCGCUGGCGGACAGGGAGGGCGUCGUGUACAGCUACGGGAUGGUGUUGCUGGAGACCAUGGCCGGCCGGUUCACGGCGUCGGCGGGCGGCCUGCUGGAGGGCUGGGCAGCGGGGUACCUGAGAGGGGAGCGGCGGCUCAGGGACGUGGUGGACCCCGCGCUGCGGCGGUCGUUCAACGCCGCCACCGUGGACCGGCUCGACGGCGUCAUCAGGGGAUGCACCGACCGCGAGCCCAGGCGGCGGCUCACGAUGCCGGAGGUCGCCAGGCGGCUCAGGGAGAUCACCGCCAUGCCGCCCGACGCCGCCACCCCCAAGGUGUCGCCGCUGUGGUGGGCGGAGCUGGAGAUCAUCUCCACGGAGGUCAACUGACGGGCAUAUGGGCAUGUUUAUUUUGCAAGGAUCUGAAUCCCUGAAGUUCCCAGAACAAUCUCUCGCUCAAAUGCACCCCCAAAGAGCUGUUCAGUAGAUAAUACACCGUUUUUUUUUUUGUAUUUUGUUUUUUGGGUUUCAGUUUGUAUUCAGUGAAGUUUGUGUCCAUCUGUACAUAAGAACAAGAAGAGAAACUGCAGCCUGCAGUGUGUGGCCAGAGCAGAGGUUGGAUAAAGUCCAGAUGUUGCAGGUGAUGAUGUGCUAAAGAUAUAAAAGGUCUUGCAUAGUUAAACGUA